UCCGAACGACGUCACGUAAACAAAAGGUGCAUCGUCUGCUAGGAGUGACUCUGUCUCCCUCUCUCUCUCGCCUCCUUUCCCCUGUAUCUCUCAUUAUCCCAUCCCCUGUGACGUCCGUGGAGAAAAAAGAGACAAGAAUUCUUAGAGAUGGGGAUGUCACGGAUAUUACAAGGGAUUAUGAGGUACAGGGAGACGUACAGAGCAGGAAUGGUGAAGCAAUUUGAGAUUGUCCGUGAUGAUCCGCAUCCAAAAGCAGUAUUUUUCUCCUGCAUGGACAGCAGAAUGUUGCCUACAAGGUUUACUCAAACCAAUGUUGGAGACAUGUUUAUUGUAAGAAAUGCAGGGAAUCUGGUACCUCAUGCAAACCUUUGUGGCCAUGAAGAAAUCACGACGGAACCAGCAGCAUUAGAACUAGGUUGUGUUAUUAAUGGCAUUCGUCAUGUUAUUGUGUGCGGCCACUCUGAUUGCAAGGCAAUGAAUAUGCUUCACCUCCUUCGCAACACUGACAGACUACACCAUGAAAUUAUCAGGCUAUCUCCCCUCAAGGCUUGGCUAGUGCGACAUGGAAGCUCCUCGUUGGCUAAAUUUGCGCAGCUGGAGGUGGCAAAUUUCCAAGCUCCUCUCAUCUUUCAGGCUGAAACUCCAAUGCGAAGAUUUGUUGCCUACAUAGACCCAGACAAUAAAUUUUCCGACGAGGACAAACUCUCACAAGUGAACACCCUGCAGCAGCUCCAGAACAUUGCCAGCUACAACUUCAUGCGCGAGGGACUCUCCAGAGGCAAGGUCUACAUCCAUGCCUUGUGGUUUGAUAUUUACACUGGCGACAUUUAUUACUUUAGUCGACAGCAAAAGAUGUUUGUGGACGUCAAUGAAGGUAAUAUAGAGAUGCUCCUGGAAGAAGUUUUAAAAUAUUAUACGUAAGUCUUAUAGAUAUAUAUAUAUAUACUUUUUUAAAGAUGAGUAAUAGAGAAAGGUUAUGGACCAAGAUCAAUGCAGAAAGAGAAUUCCAUAGCUAUUUUUGUAGUUGUUUUUACUAUUUUUCAGUAAGCAAACAUUUUUUACAAUAUUGCUUGUCCAUUUUCUGCCAUUCCACUCCCUUUUAUUUCCAACGUUUUGCUUUGGAAGGCCAUCAUGCUAUAGACAAUGUAUAUCCAGCUGUUUAAUAUGUCCUUAUAUAUGCUUUAACUUCAGUACUCAAAAAAAGAGUAAUUUAGAGACUAAAAAUUAUAAUGAAAUGGUAGUGGAGCCUAUAGUUUUACAAGUAAAUAAGAAGGCAUAGUAAUGUGACAUUUGAAAAGAAGUACUAGAAGUGUAGAAUAAUGCUAAGAUGGGAUCUGUGAAAUAAAUGACAAACCAAGAAGUCUAAGAGGAAAAGUAGCAUUGCAUUAAAUCUUUCUUUUUUCGUUUUCUGCUUACAAAUUGGAGGAUGAAAUUUUGCUUGGAUAUGUAAUCUUACUCAUUCUGCAUAGAUUUUAGUUUUUUUAUUUCUCUCCAGCUGAGAAAUAUCAAGAAUAAAUUCUUUAAAUUCAGGGAAUAAUAAUAAUGAGAUGUGUAUAUAUAGUUAGAAUCUUAUUAGCCUAAUUAGUACUCCCAGUGACAAAGCAACGGAUAAUCACAGAUAAUAUUGAUUUAUGAACAAUAGCAGAUUCAGGAAAAACAGAGGAGAGCUACCCCAACAGAAAUCACAAAGUACAGAAAUUUGUGAAUGAUUUUGAUAACAUUAAGAUAGUCAUGCAACUCCUUGUGCAUACAUUUCCUUAUAAACAUUUAUGCAUAUUUUUCAUGUGUGUGUUUCUGUUUUUGUUUUCCAUUCUGAAAACACAAGAGCCUCAACAUCCCUUUGAAAUAUCCUGAAUCUGCCUCAAUUCACAAAAGAUUAUGUAUGACAAAGAGUAAAAAGUGUGUAAAUGAGAAUGAAUAAUUCAAAAAGGAAAUAUGAACGGAGUGUUUUUGAAUAAUGCAUUCUCAUUCAUAAACUUCUAAGCAAGACACAAGUUGUUGGCAUUUGUUUUUGCUCAAUGUGUUAGUAUUCUCCGCUUCUAAUCUUUUUCAGUGCUCAAAGUAUCCUUUAACUGUCUUAUAGGCAGUAUACCAUGACAUAAUGUGGAGGAAUGAAUUGAAUGCAAUUUUAUAUAUUUAUUUCCUUUUUUAUUUAAUAGGUUUUAGGUAAAUAUUUGGUGCAAAAUAUUUCCGAAGCAUUAUUAUGCAUACAGAAAUAAUCAUGUUUUUACACAUGGAAGGCUAAACAUAUAUUUUUAGAAAUAGGGUUAAGAAUAGGUUUGAGAAUAAUUAGUAUGAUAUUUCUGUCAGUAUUUUAUGUGAAAACUUGCAAAUGUAAAAUAUCUUUAACUUUUACCACAUUCUCUUAUGUUUGGCCAUACUAUUAUAAUUUUUCCAAUGUAAUAUUUGCAUUAUUUUGUUAGUAUACACAAUGCGAUUUUGAUGAUCUUUUUAGAGAACUUUUAUAAGCAUUGAUCACUCUCAACACAGGAACAAUAAUUUAGCUUAAUUUAUGAACUGGUUUAUCAAAAAGGAAAGAAAUGGAAAGAAAUAUGAAAGGGAUUGAUAAUAAACUUCAUGGUUUUCACUGUUUGGUAAGGAGAGAAGAUAGAUAUUGAAUAUUAUAUUUACUUUUCAUAUUAAUCAAUUUCACUUUAUAAGGAAGCACACACAACUUUUCCUGAGACUAAUUACAAAAUAUGUACUAUUUUUGUGAGAAUUUGCAUUUAGAAUAUCAAUUUUGUAGGGCACAAAAGAAAGAUGUAGAAAUACAAGAACAGAGGGUUAUGUUAGUACAUAUCACAUAAACAGAUUUCAGUUACAUCCUAAUAUUGAAGACAUAAAUAAUUUAUCUUAAGAUCCCAUUCUGCAAAUUGUACCUCAAAAUGACAGGUAUAUCAUACUGUGCUUAUGGAAACACUUUUAAAACAAACUGAGGUUGUCACUACUAUACCAAUUAGGUUGAGUGAGAUAGUUUAGUUAUUAUAACUGGAUAGUCCUAUUCCACAAUAAUGGUUGUAUAGUUUGUGUCCAUUUUCUAGAAGAGCAAAGGUAUGAAUGGGUAUGAAUGACAUCACACAGUUGGAUAAAUUUAUGUGAAUUCCAUGAUACCCCUGUGAAACUUUAUUUGCAACAGAGAAGAGAAAAUAUCAUACUGUGUUAUAGAGUUUACAUUUUUGCCUUAGUACUAAGAAGAGAAUUGGUAUAGAAUUCUUAAAUCAUGUCUUUUACAUGUCUGCAUGUGAACAGUGCUUUCCUGUGCCUUUUAAUCAAAUGUUACCAAUAAAUAAACUGACCAGUAAACUUAGCAGGAGGAA